CUCCGGUGGCGUCCACUCCAGUCCCAGCUCCGGCCGCUGCCAGGGCCGAGGCGGAAAAACGAAGCCCGGGGACGGCGGAUCCUUGCGGAGCUGCCCAGGAGGCCGUGAAGAUCCCGCCCUCGUUUGUGGAAAACCACCCGCUCCCCCGCCGGCUGGAACGGAGCCUCAGCUUGGACAGGCCGACCCCAGGGCUCCGGAGCCAAUGGGGCAGUGACGCUGGUGCGGCGACCCGGGCGGGAGCAUGGUCAAACACCAACCCCUCCAGUACUACGAGCCGCAGCUCUGCCUGUCCUGUCUGACCGGGAUCUACGGCUGCCGCUGGAAACGCUACCAGAGGUCCCACGACGACACCACCGCGUGGGAGCGUCUGUGGUUCCUCCUCCUCCUCCUCACCUUCUUCCUCACCCUCACCUGGUUCUACCUUUGGUGGGGCAUCCACAAUGACUACAAUGAAUUCAACUGGUUCCUCUACAACCGCGUGGGAUCCUGGAGUGACUGGUCCAUCCCCAUUCUGGCCACAACGGCCGUCGGCUUCACCUACGUCACAGCCCUGCUGAUCCUGGCCCUCUGCCACAUCGCCGUGGGACAGCAGAUGAACCUGUACUGGCUGCACAAGGUUGGGCUGGUGGGGAUCCUGGUGGGCGCCGUCGUGGCCCUGGCGUCCGUGGCCCAGCUCUGGCAUGACGAAUGGGCAGUGCUGGCUAUCUCCCUGCAGGGCACUGCUCCGUUCCUGCACAUUGGGGCCGUCGUCACGGUGACCUUGCUGUCCUGGCUGGUGGCUGGCCAGUUUGCCCGGACAGAGAAAGUCUCAUCUCAGGUGGUGAUCUUUACUGGCUACUUUGCUGUGGUUUUGGCGCUGUACCUAGUGCCCCUGACCAUCUCAUCCCCCUGCAUCAUGGACAAGAAGGACCUGGCUCCCAAACCCGCCAUCUUUGGCCACCGGGGGGCACCCAUGCUGGCCCCUGAGAACACACUGAUGGCUUUCCGCCAGGCCGCCGAGCAGCAGCUGUCUGGGUUUCAGACCGACGUCGUCAUCAGCCACGACGGGGUCCCAUUCCUGCUGCAUGACGCAACACUGAGACGCACAACUGACGUGGCUGAGCGCAACCCCAAGCUCGCCCAUCUGCCCGCCUCCAUGCUCAACUGGACUGACUUGGAGCAGCUCAAUGCAGGGCGCUGGUUCCUGGAGACCGACCCGUUCUGGACGGUGAGCCACCUGUCCGGCCCAGAGCGCAGAGAGGCAGGGAACCAGUCGUUGUGUAAGUUAGCUGACCUGCUGCAGCUCCUGGGCCCCCGGGCCAACUUGACGCUGCUCCUGAGCCUGCAGCGCCUGCCGCACAACCACCCGUACCGUGCCUCUGCCGCCAACCGCACGCUGGACGCCAUCCUCGGCUCCCCCGUCCCGCAGAGCGCCGUGAUGUGGCUGCCCCAGAGCCACCGGCAGCUGGUGAAGGAAGUGGCACCAGGCAUCCAGCUGGCAGCGGGCACUAAGGAGGAUGCGGCCAGUUUGAGGCGAGAGGGCAUCCAGAGGGUUAACCUGCGCUACACUCAGGUCUCCAGCCAGGACAUCAGGGAGUACCGGGCCCAGAAUGUGUCGGUCGGCCUGUUCACCGUCAAUGAGCCGUGGCUCUUCUCCCUCCUGUGGUGCGCUGGGGUCCAGUCCGUCACGUCCGACAACACCCUCGCCCUCUCCAACGUGCCUUCCCCUGGCUGGAUCCUGCCCCCCGACGAGUACUUUCUCAUCUGGCUCACCUGUGACCUCAUCUCCUUCACUGUCAUCGUGGGCGUAUUUGUGCUGCAGAACUAUCACUUAAUCAGGUGGAGGUGGGGCAGCGCCCGCACCUACAAUCCCGAGCAGAUCAUGCUCAGUGCCGCCGUACGCCGCUCCAGCCGUGACGUCAAGAUCAUGAAAGAGAAACUCAUCUUCUCAGAGAUCAACGACAGCGUGGAGAGCGUAGAUGAGUUGGGCUUAGCCUGCGGCCACGACGGCUACUCGAACCGCGCGGUCACCCCCGUGCAGCUGCGCCGUGGAGCCGGGACACCCAGGGACCAGUGAUGAUGUGCUCGCCCUCACCCCAGACUCCCCAUCUCCGCCCCCCACCUCCAGUCCCGACCGAGUGAGCAAGUCCUGCCGGGCAGGCCCCCAGGGCUGACCACCCCACCCCUCUGACCUGCGGGAGAGGGCGGGGAAGGGUAUGUAUCCCCACGAGUCCCGGGCACCACCACCCUGCCACCAUGGGAUGCGGGGGUGCCUCAAGGGGCACGCACCGAACCGCUCCCAGAGGGCAGGGGCACCAGCCCCGCUCCCCAAUGUAAAUACUCAAGCACAAGGAGGACCAGGAGAGGAAAUAACUUAUUUAAUGAUGGGAGCCUGUCCUCCGCCCCCUCCCCUAGCCACACGCGGCAGGGCCAAGGAUGGGGAGGGACCCGGGACCUUCCCCAUUCUGCUCCUUCCCUCCCCUCCCUCCCCGGAGAUGCAACUGGACUUUGAUGCCACCCUCUGUCCCAACCCCCUCCCCGUGGGGAUUUUAUUUAUUUAUUUGGUUCCGGAGCCCCAGGAGGCUGAAGAGGAUUGGGGGUGCUGGACUGGCCCCAGGGUACCCAGGGUCUGGCAGGGGGGUGGAGCGGAGGAGGUGGAGGAGGUGGGCAGGGCUGAUCCAAGAGUUCCUCUCGCCACAGAUGGGGCAGCUGCCCCAGGGUAGAACCGGAACCCGCCCCCACCCCCCUUCACCCUCUGUGAAAUAAACUUUCAGUAUCUCUGA